GCACAGCGUCCCUCCCUGCAUCCAGAGCGACCCUGCCAGGCCCCCCGAGUAUAAAAGGCACUGCCAGCCCGGCCAACAGCAUCAGUUGCAGAUUUCGCUAAUCCACAGCCCCAUCCACCAACCAACAACCAGCGAAAUGGCAUUCAAGCUCGUCGUCCUCGCCGCCCUCGUGGCCUGCGCCCAGGCUGGCCUCAUCGGCGCCCCCAUCAGCGGGUACGCCGGCAGCUACGGCUACGGCGCCGGUCUGGGCUACUCUAGCCUGGGCUACUCCGGCCUGGGUUACUCUGCGCCCCUGAUCACCAAGACCGCCAUCGCCGCUCCCCUGGCCGCCCCCAUCGGCCUCCACGGCUACUCCGCCCCCCUGAUCACCAAGACCGCCAUCGCCGCCCCCCUGCACGCCCCCAUCGGCUACUCCGGCCUGGGCUACUCCAGCUACUCCGCUCCCCUGAUCACCAAGACCGCCAUCGCCGCCCCCCUGCACGCCCCCAUCGGCUACUCUAGCCUGGGCUACUCCGCCCCCCUGAUCACCAAGUCCGCCAUUGCCGCUCCCCUGCACGCCCCCCUCGGCUACUCCAGCUUGGGAUACUCUGGUCUUGGCUACUCUGGUCUCGGCUACUCUGGUCUCGGCUACUCCGGUCUGGGCUACUCCGGCCUCAGCCACUAUUUCAACGCCUUCGCGUGCCGCCCGUGGGAGCUGGUGGGGGGGGCCGGCAGCUACGGCUACGGCGCCCCCAUCGGCUACUCUAGCCUGGGCUACUCCGCCCCCCUGAUCACCAAGACCGCCAUCGCCGCUCCCCUGCACGCCCCCCUCGGCUACUCCAGCUUGGGAUACUCUGGUCUUGGCUACUCUGGUCUCGGCUACUCUGGUCUCGGCUACUCUGGUCUCGGCUACUCUGGUCUGGGCUACUCCGGCCUCAGCCACUAUUAAAUCAAAGACUGAACCUAGAUUGUUUUUCUUUUUUAAAUCUUGACUUUGUAUGUGAUAAAUAUUUUAAAACUCCUGGAAUGUGAAUAAAAGACACUUUCCAAAACAAA